GCCGGCUGAUAAAGAGAAGUAAAAGAGGGAGUGAGAGAGAAACAGCAUUGCACUAAAGAAGGGAGGGGUGGAUGUGGAAGAAUGAGCCGGAAAGCGAGGGAGCAAUCCAUCGGAGGAGUGCCAUAGCGCGGAGGAGAGAGGGGGACUCCAGACUGGAUGGGCCCAGCGGUGUCUUGAUGGAGCAUGGGUCAGGUUCUAGGGUUCUCCCACUGCAAGGAAUUUGGAACAGUGAACUCAACACCUGACUCCACCCCUCCUUGCUCAGAUGGUGGAAAUGAGGAGUCCGACUUCCCGGAACUGCAGACAGCCAGGGAGUGGUCUGAUGAUGAAGAAGGCCUUGAGGAUGAUGACACAUGUCUCAGCAGCUCAUCCGUAUGGAGCACGCCACGUCAGAACUCCUCUGAGCUCACCUUCUCCUACAUUGCCUUCUCUGAGACUGACAGCUCAUCACGGAGAGACUCAGGGCGCCGCAGGGCAGGGGGGAGGGGCAGCCGUGGUUCACUGAACCGCAUGGACACUGUGGAAAGCCAGUUAUCCAUAGACUCCCCUGCUGUGGAGUGGGACGCCCAUGCCUUCCUGCCUGUGGAAGUGGAAGAGGAGACCCUGCAGCGGACUCUGGAGCCCUCUUCUCAGAAAAGUGUUGAGGAAUUUCAGGAUAAAGACACAGGGACAUGGGAACCAAUUGAGGAGAUCUCAGGCAUCCAAACACACAGCUUAACAUGCAGUCAUGAAGAUGAGCAAAUAACAGCACCACAGCUUCAUGGGUCAGACACUUCUGUUGCCAUGGAAACCACAGUCACUCUGCAGAUGGUGGACGCAUCACAUACAACACCUCCUGCCAUUGGUCGAAUCACUCAGGAAGAACAGAUCUGUGAGCAGUGGUACUCUACUCUCAACUUAUCAGAGGGGCCAACAAUUUGCAUCAAAAUUGCAGUAAUGGACUUGAUCUACUGGAAGGACAUGGAGCGGACAGGCAUGGUGUUCACAGGGCUGGUAGUGGGCCUACUGUCUCUGUUCCAGCUGAGCAUCAUUACUGUGGUGUCUACUCUCUCCCUGGCCAUCAUGUGCUUUACCAUCUCAGUUAGAAUCUAUUACAAACUGCUGCAUGCACUCCAGCUGGGAGACGGAGCACACCCCUUCCAGUCAUAUAUAGACUUGGACAUCGGUUUAAGUGGAGAAGAGGCUCAACAAUACAUGCAGAGAGUCAUUGUGCUCAUUUGCUCUGCUGUGGACACAAUGAGGAACCUGUUCUUUGUUGGCAACCUGUUUAACUCACUCAAGUUCUUUUUGCUGAUGUACCUGGUGACAUUCCUGGGAAACCUCUGCAAUGGCCUUACCCUGCUUGUUAUUGGUGUGAUUGCUGUGUUCUCUGUCCCUUUGUUCUACAGACGCCACCAGGAUAAGGUAGACAACUGUUUUGUAGCAGUACAAGCCCGUAUUGACAACAUAAAGAACUUCCUUCAUCGCCUGACUCAGGGUGGCGGCCCACCACCUGACCCCACGCCUGGUGGAGCUAAACCCAAAGCCCAUUGAGACAUCUGACAGAGGAGAGGGAAGGAGCAACACACUGUCACUCAAAAAUGUCUUAAUUAGCAGUUAGUGCUCAGAGUCCCGCCUCCGCAGAUGGUUAAUGAGGCAGGGCCUAAUAAGGGAGGGAAUAUGGAUGUAAGGGAGGACCAUGCAAAGAACAAUCUUGGAUGAAAUUGAAAGGUUUUGGAAUUCUGAGAAGUUAUUUUCAUUGAAGACACGCUGUUUUCAUUUCCACAUUUAAAUAUUAGUAUGGGUGUAUGGAAGUGACUCGGCUGGACUGAUGCUAGUCUAAAGGGAUAGUUCACCAAAAUAUGAAAUUUCUCUAAUCAUUCACUCACCCUCUAGAUGUGUAUGACUUUCUUUCCACUGCAGAACACAAAUGAAGAUGUUUAGAAGAAUAUUUCAGCUCUGUAGAUCCACACAAUGCAAGUGAAUUGUGAGAAAAUUGUUGAAGCUCCAAAAAGCACAUAAAAGCAGCAUAAAAGUGGUUUAAUCAAUGUCUUCUGAAGCAGUCCAAUCGGUUUUUGGAAAGAACAGACCAAAAUAUUAAAAUAAAUUCACUAUAAAUCUUGACAUCUGCAGUCUCCUUGGCAGUCAUGAUUUCAAGCUUGAUUACACUUCCUAGCGCCAUCUAGUGCUCGGCGCAUGCAUCAAGCACUAGAAAGUGUAAUUGAGCUUGAAAUCAUGAUUGUGCCUACAGACUGCAAUGGUAAGGUGAACAGUGAAAAAGGAGUUAUAUUUUGGUCUGUUCUCACCCAAACCAGAUUAGAUAGCUUCAGAAGACAUUAAUUAAACCACUGGAGUAUUAUGGAUUACUUUCAUGCUGCCUUUGUGUGUUUUUUGGAGCUUCAAAGUUUUAGUCACCAUUCACUUGCAUUGUAUGGACCUACAGAGCUGAUAUAUUCUUCUAAAAAAAUUGUUUAUGUUCUGCAGAAGAAAGAAAGUCAAACACAUCUGGGGUGGCAUGAAAGUGAGUAAAUGAUGUAGCUUUAAAUACAUGAGCUGCCAGUACUAUAACAGCCUUUUGAGAGUAAUCUGAACAAACCAACACUGGAUAACUUCAGUGAAGUAAAAGAAAUGUAAACACUGAGUUUUUUUUAAUCCACGUUGACUUCAAUUUGCCUGCCAAAAACACUAAUGCAGGACCAGUUUCCGGAUCAACCUUUUACAUCUGACAGUCUCAAAAUAAUCUGUGUGUGUGUGGGCAGUUUAAAGGGAUAGUUCACCCAAAAAUGACAAUUCUGUCAUAAUUUUCUCACGCUCAUGUUGUUCCAAACCUGUAUGACUGUCUAACACAAAAAGUGAUGUUAGGCCUCACCAUUCACUUUUAUUAUAUGAAAAAAAAGCUAUGAAAGUAAAUGGUCACAGAGGCUAAUAUGUCCUUUUGUGUUCCAUGGUAGAAAGAAAGUCAUACGGCUUUUAAACAACAUAAGUGUGAGUGAGUUUUUUCAGUGAUUUUAUCUCUUUAUGCCUGUUACAGUACCCGAGAGCUAUUAAAACGACUAUGUUUUUUUCUUUUCCAAUGUUUUGUUUCCUUGGUGUUAUUUGAGUGUUCAGUAACUGCAACUAGAGAAAAGAAAGUUGAUCUCCUGUCAAAGCAAAUCCCUCUACCCAGUACCCAGGCUUUACCAAAACUGAUGAGUCAGCAUUAUGAAACCGUAUCUGAUUUGCAUUGAUGACUGCAACACAUAUCUGACUGCUGACCUUUUACAAAAACACUGACUAUUAACAGGGCUUAUCACAAAGGCUAAGUUAGCUUUUCUUGCCAACUGAACCAGUCAAAUGCGAAUUGGAGACUUUUUGAAGUAUAAAUACAACAGUAUUUCAAACACAUUUGUUCUUGACUAUUUGUGGUGUUUGCUGAGGCAAGCAUCACUAUUACCAUAUGGUUAGGGAUUCAAACUAAGCCUAAGUAACUUUGACAUGUUACUUACAGUGUACUGUUUGUGUAACGGACAAGAAAGAUACCUCAAAUCGUGCUGUUUCUUGAGAAGAGGUGAACAAAUACUUUUCAAAACAAUCAGACUUGCAACUAUUGCCUGUGAUCGGAUGAUUAAAUGGCUGAAAAAUCCCAUGGACUUACAUUGAAAGAAGGACCCGAGUUAUAUCUAGGGACCAGAAUAUCAUAGACACUUGGGGGUGGGCUCAUUUUACUUGGACCAGUAAGUAACCACCUAGCAACCAGCCAGAACAUAAUAGCAACCACCUAGCAAUGCACUAGCAACCACCCAGAACACCAUAACAUUGUGGUGGCAACUUUUGCACAGGCACCAUUGACAUUUUCAUCAGAAAAUGUAAAAAUCUAUAGUAUUUACAUUACAUUUAAUAAGGUUAUGUAUAAAAGUUGGGACAGUGGAAACAUUAUUAUUGUCUGGUAGUCUUAAUAAAGGAAUUGGAGAACUCUC